AUGCAGCGCAACGGGGGCUCUGGAGGCUUUACAAACUUUCGAACAUGCGUCCUGGCUAUGGGCCGCGUCUUGGGCGCUGGCUUGUCGUCUGUCGCGGCUGCGCCAUUGACACAAACAAAGCCGCGUUCUGAUGAUGACCUCGACGGGACAUCUUUGUGGGUGCUCUACGUGGCCUCAAUGGCCCUCGUGUUGCUCGGUGGCGCUUUUGCUGGCUUGACUAUUGCCUUGAUGGGACAGGAUAGCAUUUAUCUACAAGUCGUAUCCGGCGACUCGACGGAGCCGCAAUGCAAGAACGCCAAACGAGUACUGAGCUUGUUGAGUAAGGGCAAGCAUUGGGUUCUCGUUACGUUGCUCCUUGCCAACGUUAUCGUGAACGAGUCGUUGCCAGUUGUCCUCGACAGGACGUUGGGUGGCGGUAUUGCUGCCGUUGUCGGCAGCACCGUUCUCAUUGUCAUAUUCGGCGAAAUCGUCCCCCAGUCCAUCUGUGUCCGCUUCGGCCUACCGAUUGGUGGAUAUAUGUCGAAACCCGUCCUCAUACUCAUGUACCUCAUGAGCCCUAUUGCGUGGCCAACUGCGAAACUACUCGAUUGGAUCCUCGGCGAAGACCAAGGCACAGUCUAUAAAAAGAGCGGCCUCAAGACCCUAGUCACUCUUCACAAGUCUCUUGGGGAGCUCUCGGAGCGGCUGAAUCAAGACGAAGUGACCAUCAUCACCGCUGUCCUAGACCUCAAGGACAAACCCGUAUCAGAGGUUAUGACUCCCAUGGUGGACGUGUACACGUUGGCUGAAGAUCACAUUUUGGAUGAAAAGACAAUGGAUAAUAUCCUGUCAUCCGGUUACUCUCGCAUCCCCGUUUAUCGCUCAGGCAACCCUACGGACUUUGUCGGCAUGCUUCUUGUCAAGACACUCAUCACGUACGACCCAGAGGACAGAAUACCUGUCCGAGAAAUUCCUCUCGGGGCCAUUGUUGAGACCAGACCAGACACCAGCUGCUUGGACAUUAUCAACUUUUUCCAGGAAGGCAAAUCUCACAUGGUCUUGGUAUCAGAUCACCCUGGCUCUGAUCACGGUGCUUUGGGCGUCGUUACACUGGAGGAUGUGAUUGAGGAGCUCAUUGGAGAGGAAAUCGUUGACGAAUCAGACGUGUAUGUUGAUGUGCACAAGGCCAUUCGGCGUCUGACACCGGCUCCUCGAGCCCGACGCAUUCAUGCUGAGUCUGGCGCUGCUGCCGUGGGCAGGAAACCGGGAGACGGCGCAGCCCUGGUUCACAUUGCAGAAAACCUUGAGGUCCCCGACCCUGUGGUUGGUUCGGUCGGAGCGAUGAGUGACGGCGUCCCGGAGAGGGCUCCCAAGACGGCCACCUUCAUGAGGCGGCGUGGUUCUGCAGGACCAGAUGGCACGGCCGACAACAGACCCGUGCCCUUCAAGGCGUCGUUGAAUGAGAUGAAAGAGCAGCUCCGACACCUUGCCCCUUCGAACCGCGCUGCCAAUCCUCGAAACACUCGCACCAAUGUUUUCAAGAUAAAACAGGGCCUCAGCGUAACGACGUUUGUUGCGGGCGACGGCAGCCCCAGGCCGCUUGAGGGCCCAGGGCCGAAGCAAGACGAUGUCGCAUACACCGACGAGUCAACUCCUCUUCUCAACACGAGCGAUUUGAAUGGCGGCGGGCCGGAAAACGGGUACGGGUCCGACAAGUCAAAAAAGGACGAAGUGAGAUCCAAAUCGCCAGAACAUUAA